GCAGCAGCAUCAGUGUGUGUGAGUGUGUGUGUAGUAGUAGUAGCUCUAAACAGGGGGGAUCUGGACACCCUCUCUGAGUUGAAUAGGACCCUCUGCAGCAGCAGGCCUCUCUCUCCGCCUCUCCCUCCCUCUCAAUGUGCUUGUUACCAGAUGGAAGCAGAAGUGUUGAGCCCCCAGAUGAUGGCAGACGUCAAUGGCAACAAUAAAAUCACCAACGCGGAGCUGGAGGUGCUGAAGCUGCAGGAGCUGGUGCGAAAAUUGGAGAGGCAGAACGAACAAUUGCGGAGCCGAGCGAACGCUGUAAACAAUUGCUCCGUCGGCCCUCACCAUCACCACCAUCUCCAGACGUCUCUGUCGGGUCUGCGCGGCGUUGGCACGCCGUGUCCGAGCGAGGAUUACCACGCUAAAUACGGUGUUUCCAGCCCCACGCAGCAGCAUCCGUGCGCCCCCGGAGCCCGCAGUCCGACGGAGGAGCCGUUCGCCUAUUUCCAGGCGAGCUCGGCGUCUCCUGAUGCCGCUGCGGGGGAGGACAGCGACGCCGCCGGAGCCACGACUGUCCUGGAUGAGGUGGAUGUUUUGGACCUGAACACCGUGCUCCCUGUUGGAGAGCCUGAUCGCUGGCUGUAUGUGAGUCACAGAGCCAAGCUGCAGGGUGAGAGUGUCCUCAGUCCUCUACAGUGGUGCAGGCAGGUACUGGACCACCCGGGGCCUGAGGUGGCGCUGGCGAAGAUGAACCUCUGUCACAGACUGGACCAAGUUAAGCGGUGGAGAGGAGUCUCCCCCGUCCGUCCAUACAGCUGCAUCGAGGGGCUGUCCACACUCAGCUGCCCCGUCUUGCCUUACACUAAAUCUGCUGCACUAACCGAGUCCCCAGCCCCGUUGCCAUCACCUGCUCAGUCCUUCCUCCAGCCAAGUCUCCCACUCAGGACGAGCUGCAGCCUCAGUGACAGAGUGCCCACCUUCCUGUCGAACUCUGCUCUCCACAACGUGGGUCGCCGGCAUGCAGCCAUCAGCCCGCAGUCUUCCCUGGACAGUGAGGUGGGUGUGUCGGAGCUUGAGGACGAGUCCGUCUCCAUGGGCUACAAACUGCAGGACAUGACAGAUGUGGAGGUCAUGGCACGACUUCAGGAGGAGAGUCUCCGACAGGACUACGCCACUACCUCAUCAACGGCCAGUCGCCGCAGCUCCAGCUUCUCCCUUCACUCCCUAAGGCGCAGCGAGAUGGAUCUGGAGGAGGAGGAUGAGGAAGAGGAUGAGGGGUACGACCAGCUCCCUCCUCCCCAGCCUCGACUGUUCCGCACAGGAUCUAUGCAGAGGGGCGGCCUACCCCACUCCCACACCUUCUCCAGUAUCAGAGACUGCAGACGCACAUCGACCACCCCUCAGUUUUCACUCAGUGGACUCUCCCAGUACUCUGGACCCUGCAGCCUGAGCACAGAACUACAGAUGGCAUACAGGAAUAGCACAGACAAGCUACGGAGAAGCAUGCCCAACCUCAUCCGAGCUCCCAGCAUGCCCAGUGUUCCCAGCAUUCCAAGCCUGGCUUCCCCUGUCAACCCACCCUCCCACAGCCCUUCCUCCUUGCCAACGAUAUCUUCCUCCAUGCGGAACAGCCAGAGCUUUGACUCGUCCACCGGGCUCGCACGACUCCAAUCCUCCAUUCCUUCCCCAGGCCAGCUCAGCCAGCGAGUCCAGAGCAUGGCGAACUUCCCCACCAUGCCCCGACAUCCUCUGAAAGCCACAGCCUACGUGAGCCCCACGGUGCAGCAGGGCCCCGCCUCCACCCCUCUGACCACCUCUGCCAGCCUGCACUCCAUCCCGAGCAGCAUCGCACUGCCUCAGCCCCUAAAACCCAGCAACAGUUUGGUACCACAGCCCCUGAAAGCUGGCGCCAACCAGCCGGCGGUCCAUCGCAGCUCCCUCCCUCGUCCAGCCUCCUUCGUAGGGACAAGUGGAGUCCCACGUCUGAGCAAAAUCACCCCACCUACACGCAGUUUACUGACACCCCCAAAGACCAUGGCUGCCCUGAGCGCCCUGAGGGACGGCAGCUGGAAAGAUGGCUGCUACUGACCCCUAAGAAACAGAAGCUCCCGACGUGCACACAGGGUAAUGCUGCAAUGGGACCCUGAUGAUUGAAGGGUUCCCACUUUUGGGCUGAGACCCAAGAGAGAGUGACUGUUAACAUUUCUUUUGAAAGCACUUGUCUUCACUGAAGGACAAAGUAGAGACUGAGGAGAGUUUGGGUCCAGCGGGCUGGAUCACUACUGAACGAUCUGCUGAAACACAGACUGACUCACAAUGUGGCAAUAUUCUAAUAAUCAGAUGUUAAAUGUGAACUGGAUCUUCUUUAAUGUUGUGGAUACUUUCAUUGGACAGAAUGAACAUUUCUGUGUCCAGUUGAAAGGUUAUAACAGUUAGCUCAUGCUUUUGUACAUGCUUCUAAUGAUUUCAUCUGACCACUUUUUGUAAUUAUUAUAUUUUAUUUGUCAGACUGUGACAUCAGAUAUGAAAAUGCACCCGGAAUUGGAAUUAAGUGACUUCCUGUGCCUGUUUAAAAACUGUGUAAUUCACGACACUUGUAUCUAUUGGCUGGACCUUGUCGCACUUUUGAUCAGAAUAAUGAUUAACAAGUCAAAUAAAUAUAAGUUAAAGUGAAGUAUGACAUUUGUAAAUGUGAGCGUGCUCGUUUUAUCAGUGUUAUGUUUGGCCAGUUUCUUUUCAUUAUUGUUUACAUUACAUGCUGUGAUUUUUUCAAUGGUCUUUGAUAAAAACAUAAUCGCUGCAAUGAUAUUGCACAUAUGACCCUGAUGCUUUUUAUGGAUGAGAAGAAUUUAAAAAGGAGGUGAUUUUUUAAAGUGAAUAAAAGCCUCUCACAAUGA